AACUGUAGACUAUCUCUUGAGUUCAUCUGGUGUAACAUGAGUUUCCCUGAAAGGGAGCUAUGCACCGUAAAAUAAGGGAGAUGUGUCUUUUAAUGGACUGUAAUGACAUUGUUGCUAGGAUGUGGGGCAGUGUGAUGUACGGAAAGAAGGGGCAUUAUUUCAACAGGUUUCAGUUCAUUUUUUUCCCUUCAUGUUUACCAUUACUUUAUAAUCAUGUAUGACUCGUCCAUGGCAGCAAUUUAAUCACUUUCUCUCUUUGUCUUUCUCUCUCUCAUUUACACAUACACACGUAGACAAACACACGCACGCUCACAGACGGACGCAGGCACACUCUCCCUCUCGAUUCAUGUCGUUGGUCUGCCACCGAACUUGAAGGAACAUUUCUUAAGAGUGUUCUUUGUAUGAUUUCCGAUGAUAAACAGUUGCUUGCAACAUUAAGCGUUCUGCCAGAUAGGUUACAGUGUGCAGAGUGCAGACGUCUAUGCCGCUACUGCACUUCUAGCUACAGUGGCGCAAUCCACAUGGGCUUUAAGAAGGAGAGCGAAGGAUUGUCAUUUCUAUGGACUCGAUACAGCGCCCGAUUAUCUUGAAAAGGGAGUGGGGAUUACACAGUUUACUCAACGAAUCGGCUGCAGUAUGGACAAUAUCGGGUUAUGGAAAUUGAGACCGAACGGACCUGAAUGAACCACAUGGCCUGCUGAGUGCACCUGCACACCACAGGAGGCUGGUGGCAUCUUAACUGGGGAGGAUGAUGCAGUGAUGGGCAGAGCCACGGGGGCCUGAGUUAACGGUUGGCUUGCUGCUGUGUGCGUGGCGUUGAUCGUCAGUGACAGUCUUGUAGGAGGUGUGUUGCUUGGCCCUUGAAGAACUCUCAUCCUGCACAGAGUGGCCCCUUUCUCCAGCCACACCCUCACUGCGACUCUGCGACCCUCACCAACACCUAGCUCCCCUCAACACAGACAGCGACAGGACCCUGGACAUAAAUCUCUCCAAGAUUGACGACAUCCCUGUUCCAGAGUGGAGGCCUGGCUCUCUGUCGAUAAGAGGACUUUCAAUUCGCCACCUUUACUUUUUUCAUUCUCUUCUUUUAUUUCCACCCCUCAUUCGCAAAAGGUCUGGGAACCAGCUGCGAAAUGGGAGAUGGCUUUUUGACAUUUGAAGGCCACCAGGAGAAAACCAUUCAGACCUGGAUAUAAUGAAUUACCCAAAAACAACAAGGAAACGUCACUGUAUGGGAUGUCGAUUCUCCCAGUUCCUAUCUCAUUAACCACAAGUGGUUAGGUUGUCCUGCACCUUUAAAGGACCAAAAUUCCAAGCAUACCUGUGGAAAAGAUACAUGGAAUAUGUUUUUGGCAUAGGGUUGCAAAGAAUGGAUGUAUUACUGGAAUCUUUCUAAGUCUACCGGCAAACUACAAGAUUGUUGGUAUUUUUAACUGAGUGUAUGGAAUGUAAUCAGAUGACAAGAUCACAUGGCCAUUUUGGCAACAUGUGAUUUUCACGCUUAUCUGUCAUUAUCUCUGGCCCACUGUGUUGCCUUAUCAAAAGUAAAACAUAUUUUGAAAUAAUCAAAUGAGGUUGUUUUAAUUUAAAUACUAUAAUGAUUAAACUGUAAAACAUGAUAAAUAUCAUCAACUUAGUGAAAACCAUUGAUAUUUGAUACUCUUGAUAUAUAAUACCCCUUUUAAUUUAUUUCAUUAGAUUACUAUGUUAUUUUUACUAUGUUUAUUAUCGCUGUGCCAUCAGUUGUGAAAAAAUACAAUAAUUGGAAGCGUUUAUUAUACAUAAUGUUAUUGUUCAUUGGAUGACUAAAUUAUUAUUAUUGUUCUCAGAACUAUAUGGCCAGUCCACAAGCAGUUAUCAUAGAUUGCCACAGAUUACCACAGAUUACCUCAUAACCACCGAAACUACAAACGUUUUUGGUAACUUUGGUGGAUUACUUAUAACUUUGCAACCAUAUGCAGGCGUGGGAAGAACGGUGACAGCACAAUGUGCAACAUCACCUUCUGCAAUGUGGACUCGAAGAUCGACCAGUACUUCCAACCCACGCUCUACAUCAUCGUCAUCGUCCUGGGCCUUCCCACCAACUGCAUGGCCCUGUGGGCAGCGUACAUGCAGGUGAAGCAGAAGAACGAGCUCGGGAUAUACCUGAUCAACCUGUCUGUGGCCGACCUCCUCUACAUCGGCACACUGCCACUGUGGAUCGACUACUUCCUGCAGCACGACGACUGGAUCCACGGCCCCAACUCGUGCAAGCUCUUCGGCUUCAUCUUCUACACCAACAUCUACAUUAGCAUCGCCUUCCUGUGCUGCAUCUCCAUUGACCGGUACCUGGCUGUCGCCUACCCACUGAAGUUUGCCAAGGUUCGGCGGGUCAAAACCGCCGUGCUGGUCAGUUUUGUGGUGUGGGCCAUAGAAAUCGUGGCAAACUCUGCGCCCCUCUUCCACGACGAGCUCUUCCAGGACAAACUCAACCACUCCUUCUGCUUCGAGAAGUACCCCAUGCAGGAUUGGGUGGCGGGCAUGAACCUCUACAGGAGCUUCCUGGGCUUCCUGGUGCCCUGGCUGCUUAUGCUGUUCGCCUACUGGGGCAUCCUGUGGGCGGUGCGCGGCAACGUCUCCACGGAGUGCCACGAGAAGGCCAAGAUAAAGCGUCUGGCGCUGAGUCUCAUCCUCAUUGUGCUGCUGUGCUUCGGCCCAUACCAUGUCCUCCUCCUGUGGCGCAGCCUCCUCUUCCUCCGGAAGCCAUGUGAUUGUGGCGCAGAGGAGAGCCUGUUUCCAGCCUACCACGUGACCCUUGCACUCACCAGCCUGAACUGUGUGGCCGACCCCAUCCUCUAUUGUUUCGUCAAUGAGGGGGCUCGCAACGAUGUGGGCCGUGCCCUUUCUGCUGUGAUGGGGGCCUUAAAGAGAAACUCAGCCUCGCCCUCUGACGCGCUGACAGCCGGAUCUGUCAGCGCGGAAACACCGCUGUCCACGAAGAAGCAGCCAGACAGCGAUGUCAAGGCCAACGCCUACAAGACUGAGCUGGUAGCGCUCAAAGAGGAGUGCCUUCAGAUGACCAUACUCAGUGUUAAAAAAUGAACGUUUAUCCGUGUCUGGGUCUUAACAUGAGACAAGACUGCUCGGUUGCUACAAACAUGCUGAACUUGCCCUGCUACUGCAGGUUGCCACUGGAUUUCUUAAAACACUCCCCCGCCAAAGAAAUGGAAUUCAACUCUUGGACCAGCUGAUCUGAAGCUGUUACUUGUUUCAAGAUGUCAUGAUAUUGGACAGUGGAAAUGGCAUGGUAUAUUGUUAUUGUUACCUGCUGAAAUAUAAAGGUUUAUUAUUGACUGUUAUCACAUUGUAGAAGAUUAGGAAAUGUUACUGCCAGCCUUACCACAAACACAAUAAAACAAAUAAUAUCAUUUUUGCAACUUACGAUACAAUAUACUUUGAUUCAAAGUACAACACAAUGUUUCAACUGUCAGUUGCGUUGACAACAGUACAGGAAUGUUUGGUUUUCCCCCUGUCAAUAAUAUAACAGAUUAGAUUAAUUGGAAACAAAAAAGCUACCUUACAUCAUAAUAUUGUCCUUUCAUAAAUGUAUAGAGUAUGGCUUAUUGCACAUAGUUUAUUUACUGUGGUAAAUGACUGAGAUAAAUUACCUAUUUCACUUGUAAGGAAGGAUAAGAAGACAGACAAGAUGUGGGGGGAGAAAUCUUAUUGUUUCAAUCAGAAAUUAAAUAUAAUCCUGAAACUGUUGCUGAUGAUGAUUGCAAUUCAGAGCAGCUUUGCGGAUGAUUUUAGUGCAUAUUUGUGGUUUUAAAAUCUAGAGGCCAUUAGUGACUACAGUUGGCUAUAAGGAAGUGGGUUCAUUCAGUUAAUACAGGAAGAUAAAAGGAUGACAAUUCUUUUCUAACUAUCAUUUAAAAUGUCGUAGCUGUUUCAUACAUUUUGGGGAUGACACCUCAUGUUAUGUACCUCAUAUGGUAAACUGUGAUUUAAAUUUUAUGUUUGAUA